GCCGAAGCUAAUGGAGCGUCAUUCAAGUCUCGAACGGCGUAUAGAGCGGUCGCGUUUCGUUCCCAGUUAUCGCUUAGCUUAGUCUUCGCUCUCUCUACCCACUUUCUCUCUCUCUCUCUCUCUUUCGCCCUGUCUCUGUGUUGCUGAGAUCAAAACUACAAACUAAUCCGCGAUGAGGGCGGACGAGGAUCAUCUGUACAGGGAGCAGCUGCCAAGCGUGAGCACUCUGCUCAGGGACAGCGGACGCAAGCUGUGUCGCCCGUCGACCAUCACCAACAAGUUUCCCAUAUUGCAAUGGCUGCCCCGCUACCGGAUGGAGUACGUGAUGCAGGAUUUCAUAGCUGGCUUCACCGUGGGCCUCACCACCAUACCGCAGGCCAUUGCGUAUGGUGUGGUGGCUGGCUUGGAGCCGCAGUACGGCCUCUACUCGGCAUUCAUGGGCUGCUUCACCUACAUUGUGUUUGGCUCCUGCAAGGAUGUCACAAUCGCCACAACUGCCAUCAUGGCUCUGAUGGUCAACCAGUACGCCACCAUCAGUCCGGACUACGCGGUGCUCGUCUGCUUCCUGGCCGGCUGCAUCGUGCUCGUCCUGGGUCUGCUCAACAUGGGAGUUCUGGUGCGCUUCAUCUCGAUCCCAGUCAUCACGGGCUUCACCAUGGCAGCGGCCAUCACCAUCGGCAGUGCUCAGAUCAACAAUUUAGUCGGCCUCAGCAGUCCAUCGAACGAUUUGCUGCCGGCGUGGAAGAAUUUCUUCACCCACUUGCCAUCGAUUAGGCUAUGGGAUGCCCUGCUGGGUGUGUCUUCCCUCAUCUUCCUGCUGCUCAUGAAGCUUGUGAAGGACAUCAAGUGGGGCAAUCGCAUAUUCUGGAAGUACCUGGCUCUAUCGCGCAACGCCCUGGCCGUGAUCUUUGGCACAUUCCUGGCCUACAUACUCAGUCGGGAUGGCAACCAGCCCUUCCGCGUCACAGGCAACAUCACAGCGGGUGUGCCACCCUUUCGCCUGCCGCCAUUCAGCACCACCGUCGACGGGCAGUACGUGUCCUUUGGCGAGAUGAUCAGCACUGUGGGCGCUUCGCUGGGCUCCAUACCGCUGAUAUCGAUUCUGGAAAUUGUGGCCAUAUCCAAGGCAUUUUCCAAGGGCAAAAUAGUGGAUGCAUCGCAGGAGAUGGUGGCCCUGGGCAUGUGCAACAUAAUGGGCAGCUUCGUGCUGUCCAUGCCGGUGACGGGCUCAUUCACGCGCACGGCAGUCAACAAUGCCAGUGGCGUGAAGACGCCUCUGGGAGGAGCCGUCACGGGUGCGCUCGUGCUCAUGGCAUUGGCCUUCCUCACACAAACCUUCUACUACAUACCCAAGAGCACGCUGGCGUCCAUCAUCAUAGCGGCCAUGAUAUCGCUAAUGGAGCUGCACAAGAUUGCGGACAUGUGGAAGUCGAAGAAGAAAGAUCUGUUCCCGUUUGUGGUGACAAUUAUCACGUGCAUGUUCUGGAGCCUGGAGUACGGCAUUCUCUGCGGCAUUGCCGCCAAUCUGGUCUACAUUCUCUACAGCAGUGCGCGUCCGCAGGUCUACGUGCGAUUGGAGAAGAUAAAUGGCCACGAGGUGAGCCUGGUGGAUGUUAAGCAGAAGCUCGACUAUGCCUCAGCUGAGUAUCUGAAGGAGAAGGUGAUUCGCUUCCUGAACCAACAGAACGGCCAAACGCGUCUGGUCGUGAUCAAGGGCGAGGAGAUCAACUCCAUUGACUACACAGUCGCCAUGAACAUUGUCUCACUGAAGGGCGAUCUGGACGCCCUCGACUGUGGUCUGAUCUGCUGGAAGUGGAACAUUGCCUCCGCGGGCGUUGUUUGCCGUCUGAACAACGACACUCGCCCCAUCUUCAAGUUUGAUCUGACACUCGAGGAGCUGGUGGCCUCCCACUUCGAGAGUGGCUCCUCCAACUCAGCCUCGACUGUGACGAUCGAAGCCUAGGAGCCCCCCUUCCAAGCUAAGACAGUAUUUGCCUCAGAACAGACCUGUAAUUACUUAAUGUUGCAAUAAGAAAUAAGAUGCACUGCACUCUA